UUUUACUGAAAAUUAUAUUUAUUUUGUUCAGCUACUUUUAAGCACAGCUACAUUUCGUUGUACUACUUUGUUUAGCCUUUGUUUUCAGCCUUGUCAUUCAGGAGUCGUUCGUCCUACGAGUUUUCAGAAAUGUUAAGCUAAGAGCUAACUGCUAACAGCUAAAUAAAAUACAGUUAAAGAACUAAAUAAAUGGGACAGCUCACUGUUCCUCACUUCCAUUGUAAUGAUGAUGAGGCAGAAAUCUAAGAGACAGGAAUCUUAAACCUUUGAAAAAAAGCUAUCUUAAUGACUAGAUACCACAAGAGGAAAUAAGAGACAUCAAGACCCUGACGGUUAUGGGGGAUGAUGGACAACAUGACAGCAAAUAAGAGCCACCUACCCUGUCAGUCAUGGGCGGGCCAGAAUGGCUGGUCCACAGCUUCAACUCAAGGGCCCCUCCUCAACCCUCUGUCCAGCUCUCAGCAUCUCAGCCUGGGCUCGUCUUCUGACCAGAGACCCCCCUAUGACCACCUGCAGGCAUCUGACCAGAGCUGUCUGAGCCACCUCAGCACCUUAUCAUCCAGAAGCAACACUCACCACCCUGCCCUGUACAAAGCCUCCCACAUUAGUAGCAAUUUGUCGUCCAUCUCGCUAUUUGCCAACUCCGCCAUCCCAAGUGUAUCUCACAUUAUAUCUUGUGAUCAGCAAAAUCCUCUCAGUUCAUCAAUGCUACUAGCUGCAAACCAAGGAAAAAAUAUCCCCCCACCUUCUCUUCCACAAACAAACCAAGGAUCUCAGCCUUGUAGGCCCCAACAUCUACCACCUCUCUUGCCCCACGACCCUUACAAAACCUCUUUUCAACCUCCAUUAACCAAUCACAGGCUUCAACAUAUGCCAAUUAGCCUACCGUCAUGUGGGCAAGAUUUAAACCACGGAUCACAGAGGACAUCUCAACCUACUUUUGAAGGAGUGAAUGUGGAUGCUGGUGUUGCAGGAUACACUCACAACCAUGCCUCAUCUACUUCUCAGGAGCAGCCUCAGUGGAUACCUUCAUCAGACUGCAGGGGAGCUGAAAACAAGUCUGUGCCUGACGCAACGGCUCAUCCUAACCAAGAAAUAUCACAAAAGGGGAGCAUUACUCCACCGGCCAGCAAUGAGAGGAGUCGUUCAGUAGUUUUACAUCAGCGUGCACUACUACUCAAACAACUGUCGGAGUUGGAUAAACUUCUGGAAUCAUUACCUCCAGAUGACAGGAGUGAUGGGCAGUCUCAACACACAGCUAAUCAGUCUCCUCCAUUGAUGAACGAUUCAUCUCAAUGUGAACAAACAAAGACCAGUGAUCAACAGCAAGUUCAGCUGUCAGCGGCAAAGUCAAAGUUACAGUCACAUAUUAUAGCGGAUUGUUCAUCCCCAACAUCCCAUGACGAACAAAAUGAGACCUGUGAUUCACCAGAUGACCCGAUGUCAGCAGCAGAUUUAGAGAAAACAGAAGAUGCCUCAGCGGAGUCAGAUGACAAUGAUCCUGAUACCUCAGCGGAGUCAGAUGAUAGUGAUCCUGAUUACUCACCUAACAGUGAUGGUGACUUCUCUGACUGCUUAUCUGACGCUGGUGAUGGCUCCUCAGACAAAUCCAAUCACAGCAGUCCCUCGACCCCGCAGGAAGAAACGGCUCAACCGAAAUCUCCUCUUCCAGGGGAAAAGGAGGAUAAAUCAGGAGGUUCUUUGUUAAAGGACAAAAGUGUCAGUCCUCUAAAAGAGACAUGCGCAACUAAUCAGGAGAAAUCCUCAACUGUGGUGUCGCCAACUUCAAAUUCAAAAGCACAACGAGUUUAUGAUAAGAGGAAUUAUUGUCUGUUUUGCUCUAAGCCAGUAGGCAAAAUGGCAAGACAUCUUGAAUCAGUCCACAGUGACAAAGCAGAAGUUGCAGCUGUAUUUCAGUAUCCCAAAAAUUCCAGAGAAAGGCAAAAGAUAUGGAAAAGACUAAAGAAUCAAGGAAACUUUGCUCAUAAUAAAGAGGUUUUGAGAACAGGGAAGGGACAAUUUGCUGUCCGAGGAACAGCAAAGCAAACUGGAAAAGGAAUGAAAGACUUCAUUCAUUGUCUUUACUGCCGUGGUCUUUUUGUAAAGAAAGCUUUGUUCAGACAUGUUAGGUUGUGCCCAGAGAAAGGGAAGAAUGACAGUGAAUCACAUAUCGGAAGAAAGCGUCUCGCAUCGCGUUGUGUGCUUGAAACUAUUGGAGACCUUGGCAUAAGUGAUGGUUUCAGGGAACUUCUGUCCCAGAUGACAUAUAAUGAUGUGACACAAACUGUCAUGGAUGAAAAGAUUAUCUUGCAGUAUGGUGAGCAAAUGUUUGAUCAGCACAGAUCCGAUGUGAAGAGGCAUGAUGACGUAAGACAAAACCUUCGUCAGAUAGCAAGACUUUUACUCGAAGCUCAAAAAAUAACCCCCCUGAAGAAGCUGGAGGACUUCUUUCACCCCUCAAGCUUCCCACACGUUGUGUCCGCAGUGAACGUCUUAGCAGGUUACGAUCCAGAAAAGAAAACGUACAGCAUUCCUUCACUUGCCAUCAAGCUUGGCUACCAUCUACAGAAGUGUUGUAGUAUUGUUGAGAAGAAUGCAGUGCAGAGUGGAGACACAAAACUGGCAGAGUCUGCACAAAACUUCCUCUCUGUGUACCAGAAAAAAUGGAGUACACUAGUUUCUUCAGGUGCAUUAUCGACCCUCAGGAAAACAGGAAAGAAGGUUCCGUUUUCUCAAGAUGUGAAGCGCCUGAAUUUCCACAUGGAGAACGUUCAUGUUCUUGCUCAGAAAAAACUCACAGAGUUCCCUUCUGCAGAAAACUAUGCUGCUCUGGCCAAGGUAAUACUCGCCCGAACAAUAAUUUUCAACAGGAGAAAAGCCCGUGAGGUAUCAGCGGUGUUACUAACAGCUUUUAUGUCAAGGAAAAAGUCAAACCUGGACGAUAACUUUGAUAUAUCUGUUUCUGACUCUGAAAGAACCAUGUGUGGGUUCUUCACUAGAAUUGACAUACAAGGGAAGUGCGGUGGAAUGGUCCCUGUUUUACUAAAACCAUCAUUCGUGUCAGCAUUGGAGCUUCUUGUCAAUGUUCGUGAAAUGUGUGGAGUCCCCAGUAAGAAUCUCUUCCUGUUUGGCCGACCAAGUGCACUGUCUGCCUACAACGGCUCAGACUGCAUCCAAAAAUAUGUCAAAGAAUGUGGCGCUAAAGACCCUGAAGCACUGAAAUCGGCGAAGAUCCGGAAGCAUUACGCAACAAUGCUGCAGCGUAUCAACCUGGAUGAGAAUGAGGCUGACCGAAUAUUUGGUCCUAAUAAUCAAGUCCAAACCCUGCUACAGAACAGCAGCAUGCAGCUGGAUGACGUCCAAAUGGACUCUGAAGAGAGAUUACAACCUGCACAAGGACAUCAGGCUGUAUCAGGGGAUCAGGGUGAGCUUUCAGGUGCAUGCUACGCGCAAGCAGAUUUUCAUCAUGAACAACCACAUGGAAAAACGGCAAGCACCAGCACAACUGCACCACCAAAAUCCAGCAACUCAGGAAAAAAAGGCUCUAAGGUCAAACAUAAAUGGGAGGACGCAGAAGUUUGUGCUGUAGAAAGACACAUGAUGCGUUUCAUUCAAGGACACAAGGUACCUCAGAAAAACGACUGCCUUCAGUGUCUUGAGGCUGAGCCAAAAGCACUGAGGACCCGUUCCUGGAAAGGUGUAAAAGACUUCGUUAGAAACAGGAUCACUGCCCUAAAAAGACAAAGUGCCACCUCCAAAGCUUCAUCCACAAACAGUUACUGGCCCGGGCAAGUGGAACCACAAAGGACUGGACAUUUUCAGCAGUUGUAGACUUUUCCCUCUUCCAUUUUCUUACACUGCAUCUCCCGCUCGCCUUCUUUGUCUUUCAUUCGUUAUCAGUCUCCCCUCUGUCUCUUAUACAACAUUGUGAGCAUUUCCGUCUAUUAAGAUGGCCAAGAAUACAUUGAUAACUGAUCAUUUUCAUUUUAUGGUUUGUUCUGCAGUUGUUGUCAGUCAUUAUUCUUACUUUGUAUUAUUUUACAGUGCAUAUAUCUUCAUUUUAAGAAGUUCAUUUGGACACAAGACAGUUCAUAAAUACGGACAGAUGAUGUGUUAUACAGAUUUUACAAAUGUCUAAUUUUAUAUUUUUGCUGACCAUGUUUGACCAAGUUAUCUGGUAUACUGUAUUUUGUUAUUAAGUUUGACUUUGUAUAACAGUUUACCAACAAUAAAGUGCCAACUGUAAUGUCUUA